AUUUUACUUCCUCAGAUUCACAUGACCAAAUCAUGUAACCAUUUUCCAAAUAAAAUCUUUACAUUUAGAUUUAGAUUCAGAGGAAUUGAAUUAGCCUCAUCAUAAUGUAUGAUACUACAUACUACACUAGUGACACGGAAAUUACACGACGAAAAUAAACAAUGUGAAGAAUAACGAAAUUUCCCGGGAAAAGAGAGAUAGAGAGUGAGACACACGCGCGAGUGAUGCGUGUGGUAGUAAAUAGAACACUGUUUGAUGAUACUGCUGCGACUACUUAACUCUUAUUACAAAGCUCUCUUUUUGUUGUCUCUCUCUUGCUCUCUCUGCAAAACUCCGGCGAGAAGAGAACGUUGUCGUUUCAUUCGUAUCAAAGUCUUCAUCAGCAAUGGGAAAAGCGUCACGGUGGUUUAGGAGUCUAUUCGGAGUUAAGAAACCCGACCCGGGUUAUCCGGAUCUAUCCGUCGAGACGCCUUCUCGGUCAACUUCCUCUAAUCUCAAACGCCGAUGGAGUUUCGUCAAAUCCAAACGAGAAAAAGAAAGUACACCGAUUAAUCAAGUUCCUCAUACUCCAUCGCUACCGAAUUCGACGCCUCCACCGCCGUCUCACCACCAAUCGUCGCCGAGACGACGGAGAAAACAAAAGCCGAUGUGGGAGGAUGAGGGAAGUGAAGAUUCGGACAAGCAUGCUAUUGCGGUGGCUGCCGCGACUGCUGCGGUUGCUGAAGCUGCAGUCGCCGCCGCUAAUGCUGCUGCUGCGGUCGUCAGGCUGACGAGCACAAGUGGGAGGUCGACUCGAAGUCCUGUUAAGGCACGGUUUAGCGACGGAUUCGACGACGUGGUGGCGCAUGGUAGCAAGUUUUAUGGACACGGCCGUGACAGUUGUGAACUUGCGGUGAUUAAGAUACAAUCUAUAUUUCGCGGAUACUUGGCAAAGAGAGCGUUAAGGGCACUCAAGGGUUUGGUUAGGCUUCAAGCGAUAGUUAGAGGCCAUAUCGAAAGAAAGAGAAUGUCAGUCCAUCUGCGCAGGAUGCACGCUUUGGUUCGAGCUCAGGCUCGUGUGCGUGCCACUCGGGUUAUUGUCACGCCUGAAUCUUCUUCUUCUCAAUCCAACAAUACCAAAUCUUCUCACUUCCAAAACCCUGGUCCACCAACUCCGGAAAAACUCGAGCAUUCGAUCUCUUCUCGCAGCUCCAAACUCGCUCAUUCUCAUCUUUUCAAGAGGAAUGGUUCGAAGGCAAGCGACAACAACAGACUGUACCCUGCUCACAGGGAGACAUUCUCAGCCACAGACGAAGAAGAAAAGAUUCUUCAAAUCGACAGGAAACACAUCAGUUCUUACACAAGACGCAACAGACCAGACAUGUUCUACUCAUCCCACCUCAUCCUAGACAAUGCUGGCCUGUCUGAACCAGUUUUCGCCACGCCUUUUAGCCCGUCCUCGUCGCAUGAAGAGAUUACAAGCCAGUUUUGCACUGCAGAGAACAGUCCUCAGUUAUACUCAGCUACUUCUAGAAGCAAACGCAGUGCUUUCACCGCUAGUUCUAUAGCACCGAGCGAUUGCACAAAAAGCUGCUGUGAUGGUGACCAUCCAAGCUACAUGGCUUGUACAGAGUCCUCUAGGGCUAAGGCUAGGUCCGCUAGUGCCCCGAAGUCUCGACCACAGUUAUUUUACGAGCGGCCUUCAUCAAAACGGUUUGGAUUUGUUGAUUUGCCGUACUGUGGUGAUACAAAGUCCGGUCCCCAGAAAGGCUCUGCUCUGCAUACUAGUUUUAUGAACAAGGCUUAUCCCGGUUCAGGUCGGUUGGACCGUCUCGGGAUGCCAAUUGGGUAUAGGUACUGAGAACGUUGUUGGACCCUUUAACCUGGUUUUGUUGUAGAUCAGUGGAUUGAGCUUUGCUUCUAAUUUUCUUUGUUUGUAGUUUGGAGCUAAGUGGAUUUAAUCUAAAAUGCAAAUAGAACUUGCUUAAUCAAAAUGUUUGCAUCUCUAUAAAGCAUUGUCAUUUGCCUAGACUUUAGUUGUUAUCAAAAAUUUUAUGAAUAUGAAGGAAACCAAGAGCUAUAACAGAUAUAUUUGGUGUAAUAACAAAAACGUCUAACACUAAAAAAAUUGACAAGAAAAUGUCAUGUCCAUUGGGAUUUAGAGGAG